AUGGCAUCAUCUAAAAAGAAAAAGAGAUCCAAUUUAUUCGAUGAAAAUAAUGAUAUUGAAGGCCAAGUUCAGAAAUCUGCACAUAUUCGUGUAAAUGAUAUACCCGAUAUUGAUAAAUUUGUAUUAAAUCUUACAUCGGUAAAAAUUGAUGAUUUUAUAAAGGACAUAAUCAAACUUAUUAACGGUGUUGAAAAUGCAUUAAAUAUUGAACAAACAUUGAAAGUAAUUUCAACGGAUUGUCCGCCACUAAACGAGAAAAACAUAAUAUAUGAAAUAUAUUAUAAUGAUAAUAUUCUAUUAAAAAAAUAUUUCUUUGUUUUUUUAUCAAUUUUGAUAAAGCAACAUUAUACUGUUAUUACAAAACAUACUGAAUUAGAUAAGAUUAAUUUAUGUCAUCUAUUACGCUUAACAGAUGAAAACAAUAUUUUUAACAAAUUUGAAGUUAUUAAUAAAAAUGAUUUACACUCAUCGUCAUACUUUUCACUGAUAGGCACAUUUUUAAUUAUUAUAAUAUCACAUAGAAAAAUAACAACUGAAGAUGUAUGUUUUUUUUCAACAAUAUUACAAGAUGAUAUUAUCAAUAAAACUAUUUUGGAUUGGCCAAUAUUAAAAGAUUUUAUUGAAUUAUUUCGUACUAUUUUACAUGUUGAAUUUGUUAAAAAUAUUUAUUAUGAAUUAAUCAAUGAUGAAAUAGAAUCAACGAAUACUCUUCUUGCUGAUCAUUUUAAAGAUAUUAUUGAUCAUACAAUUGAAGAGAUAAUUGAAAAACGUGGCCUAGCAUUUGCAAACUUAUCAACAUGUUAUGCUGCUGUCACAUGCUUCAACAGAACAAUAAUUAUAAAUAAAAAUAUUGUUAUGUUAGAAUUAAUUGAUGAUGCUAAAAAUUUGAAGGACAACUCUAUUAUGUUUGGAGCAUUAUUACUGAUUAUGUUACAUGAAUUUCUUCAUGCAUUACAUCGUACGAUAAAAAAUCAUGCAUUCAAUCCAUUUAAUGAACAAAGAUCAUCUCGAAAAAUUGCAUCAGAUUACAACAUGGAAACGACUGAUAGUGAUACACAAUUAGAUGAUCGUUUAUUUGGUAUUGUAUGCGAAACUGUUGGAUAUUUAGAUGGGAAAUUUUUAUUAAAUUCUCAAAAUUGGACUAAUUAUAAUCAUCAAGAAUUUAAAGAAAAUUUUAAUGAUACAAGAACACGUGAUUUAGCAGAAAAUAAAAAACAUAAUCGAUGGAUUCUACGACGUCAAUCUCAUAAAACUAAUGAUGAUACAAAUACAGAUGAUACAAAAACGGCAUCAAUACCAAUGCCAACUACAUUUCGAAACCGAUGGAAAAUUCCUCAAUGUGCAUUAGCAUCACCGCUCUUCAAUAUUGAACAAUAA